AGCACUAUAUAAGUACUACAUCGACAAAACGAACUCAAAUACAUAUUUAGGACUUAACUACACGUUGUAAGGAACUACUAAGUUUAAACCAUAGAUAAUUCAGUACCGGAAAUGGGGACACACCCAAUCCUAAUGCUGGCACUAGUGCUUGGGCCAAUUCUACUGGCCAAACCAGCGAUAUCUGGUACACACUGGAUAGUGCUGCCGGACAAAAUUACGCCAAGUGUACCUCUGCCCAUAACGUUCAACUUUUACAAUACGUCAGAAGACGUGAUGGUCAAAAUGGACCUUCUUCAGGACGACCACCACAGUCUUGUAUCUCUUACACAUACGUUUGCUAACGGAGAAGGCGGAUUGCUUCAGAUGCAGGUACCUGCGGACAUAGGACAACCCAAUAUCACGAGAUUCACGCUACUCGUACAUGGACUGAGCGGGGUCUAUUUCCAGCAACACGCUCGACUAAAUUACGACUCUGGCACGGUCCCAAAACGUUUCGCAGUCCAUAUUCAGUUAGACAAAGCGGUUUACAAACCAGGACAGACAAUUAAUUUCCGGACAUUCGGAGUCUACUCUGACAUGACUGUUUUCAACGGACGCUUCAAUGUCGACAUUUAUGAUCCUAAGGGCAACCAUAUGAAAAAGCUGGCAAACGUCACUUCCGGCACAUAUGGGGUGCUCGAGGAUUUCAUGCUCAUGGAUGAAGAGCCCGUUCUAGGCACAUGGCUGGUAGAAUCACGUGCUUUAAGGCAUCGGUACGACGGCGUCGAGUAUUUUGAGAAGUCAAAUUCAAAGAUAUUUCAAGUAGACAAAUAUGUGCUACCGAAAUUCGACGUGAAUGUCAACUUGCCGUCCUAUGUUGUUACCACUGAUAAGGAAAUGCAAGGGUCUAUCACAGCAAAAUACACAUACGGGAAACCUGUCAUCGGAACAGCAAAUGUAACAGCCGACAUUAACUACAAUGGGGCACCUUGGAAGUACCAGGGCGAUGAAGUCAUGGUCAAAAUAUCGCUCGAUCUUAACGGUAAUGCUAAAUUCACGAUUCCCUUCGACCAACUCCUGAACGAAGUUGACCCCUAUUCAUACCAACCACUGGUAGAGAAACUGGCCGGCUAUCAACUCAUCAUAAGAGUGAAGGUCACUGAGAGUCUAAACAAUGUCACAAGGGAAGCUACGGGAUCGGUUCUCUUCUACAAAGAACCCUUCACAGUGUCGUUCGCUCGUGAUAGCAGUCCAACCUUCUUCAAACCUGGCCUACCUUACGUUGGACACAUCAAGUUAACACAAGCUGACGGUCGUCCAGUCAUAUCUAACGCAACGGAUGUUUUGUUACGGAGUUACGUAAAAUUUUACGACAAAAGCCACGGAAAGUACCGAGCGCACACUCUACCGGACAAGCAUUUCGCUCCAUCACCAACCGGGAUUAUCGAGUUUAUGGUUGAUCCUCCAGAAAACGCCACCUCUCUCCAUCUUCAAGUUGAGUACAAAGGACUCACCGACACGUACGACAUGACAAAGCCGUCCUGGUUGAUUGAAAAUGGAAACCUUCAGCUGUCUCAAGUCAAUUCAUCAAUGAUCGGGGAAGUCGUUGAUUUUCAGUUACUCGGUGCGGUGCCACUUGGAAAGGUUUUCUACUAUGUGAUAACAAACGACCACGUUACCCUAUCAGGAGCACUAGACUCGGUUUCCAAGACAGAGCAUAUCCACUUUCAAGUUCGGGACGAUAUGAAACCAUACAGCAAACUAAUCGUGUAUUACUUCACCACGGAUUCCUGGAAUGCGGAUUCCAUUCAUUUUGUUGCAAAGACAUCCGCUGAUGUCUUCCAAAACAAGAUAUCAAUGUCGUUUGACAAAACUCAAGCCGAACCAGCUGAGAAUGUUUCUCUCCAAAUUUCCACUGAUGCUGACUCUCUAGUAAACAUUCUUGCCGUAGACCAGAGUGUUUUAUUGUUGGCUACUGGAAAUGACAUCACCCAAUUUGAUGUAAUAACAUCUCUACGUCCGAACGACAGGCCUUCCCAGAAUGCCGCCUCUAUGCACGACCCAAAACAGAUCAUGCAGACCUCGGGUAUACAGGUUCUCUCUGAUGUAACAAGUUUUUCCUGGGCAGCGCCUCACUAUAAACGACAAGUGGACUGUUUCCCCGGAGGUCCAAUGCCUGGAAGUACAUAUAUACCGGGAAGGUUUCCAACGUAUGUGCCAGGUGUUGUUCCAACUCCAGCUCCAGGCAUGACAUAUGCUCCCAAUGUUAUUCCGCCAGGUAACUCCGGAUCCACGCUUCAGGAAGUUAAACACACGAGAGAAAAUUUCCCCGAGACUUGGUUAUGGACAAACAUAGUUUCUGAUCAAAACGGCGCCGCUGUAAUCUCUGCGACGGUUCCGGACACGAUUACUUCCUGGUACGCUACGGCCUUCUCGGUUAACGCGUUGUCUGGACUUGGAAUCACCGAUGGGCCAUCAAAGUUCACGACGUUCCGGCCAUUCUUCGUAAGUCUGAAUCUGCCAUACUCUGUGGUGAGAGGCGAGCAGGUCGUCCUGCAAUCAAACAUCUUCAACUACAUGGGCCAGGACCUCGACGUGACAGUGACAUUAGAUAAAUCCGAUGACUUUGACGUCAUUCAAAACAAGAGUGGCCAUGUGACGUAUCAAUCCAUGGAUGUUGUCACUCAAAUACACGUUAAAGCAGGAGCGGCAGCGUCAGUUUUUGUGCCAAUUGUCCCUCGUAUCGUCGGUCAAGCGGAGAUAUCCGUGAAAGCGCAGUCACCUUUCUCAGCAGAUGGUGUCAAACGACAACUUAAGGUCGAGGCUGAAGGAAAGAAGAUGCACUACAACGUUCCCUUACUGAUAAGCGAGCUGAACCCGACCGACGUGGUUUUGGCUUUCCCCGAUAAUCUCGUGCCAGACUCGCAGAAAAUUCAAGUUGCUGCUAUUGGUGAUAUUAUGGGCCCUACCGUAAAGAAUCUAAAGUCUUUGUUACGCUUGCCGACUGGUUGCGGAGAGCAGACGAUGACGAGUUUUGCACCUGAUGUGUUCGUGUACAACUACCUGCAGGCCUCAAAUCAACUUACGCCGGAAAUUGCAGAUAUGGCUAAACACUACAUGAACAGAGGUUACCAACGUGAGCUUACGUUCCAGAGAUCAGAUGGAUCCUUCAGUAUCUGGGGCCAACAGGACUAUCAGGGAAGCAUGUGGUUGACGGCGUUUGUAUUAAAGUCGUUUUCCCAAGCUCACAGGCAUAUUUUCGUGUCCGACAAUAUGCUGCGUACUGCAACAACAUGGAUUUCGUACAAUCAGAACUCGGACGGCUCUUUCCGGAGUGUUGGAGCAGUUCACAGUACCUCUUUACAGGGAGGCAGUUCAUCUAAGUACAGUCUGACAGCGUUUGUGCUGAUUGGCCUGUUAGAAGCUGAGCAAGUACUUAAAAAUGAAUACCGUCUUACCAAUAUUGCUGCAAAGGCUCGCGGAUUUCUUGAGCUUCAUCUUGCCAAUCUAAAUCAUCAGUCUAAUGUGGAGUUGAUUAACGAUACUUAUGAUCUGGCAAUUACUGCUUACGCACUGGCCAAAGCGGGAAGUGUCCGAUCAUUUGACGCCUACACCAAGCUGAAGAGCAGAGCAACCACAACUAAAGACGGUAAGAUGUUCUGGCGAAUUCCAAGGACUCAGUACACGUACAGCUACUGGGAAAGUUUCUACGCCCGAGAGUCACCGCUUUCCGUCGAAGCCACUGCCUACGCACUACUUUACCUCGUUCAGACCAGACAACUUUCUGAAGGUAUGCCACUCGUUAAGUGGCUCGUUACCCAGCGCAAUUCACUCGGAGGUUUCACGUCUACGCAAGACACGGUUAUUGGUCUAGAGGCCUUGUCAGCCUUCGGGUACGUUACCACCGCAAACCUGGACCUCAAUAUCGAUGUGAAUGGCGUUCAUUAUAGCAAGAGUAUGCAUGUAACAAAGCAGGAGGCAAUGGUCAUGAAGCUACUAGAUGUUCCGUCCAGCGCCAUUCCAGCCUUCAGGCCACAUGGCGCGCACACAACUCCGGCCAACUCCCCGCUUCCAUCGAUAAGCCUUGAGGCACACGGACACGGGUCCGCUCUCGUGCAAGUUUCAGUAUCGUUCAAUGUGGAGACUGAGCCAGCCGCUCCAGCGUUCAACCUAACAUCUGAAGUUGUGCAAGAGUCGCUACAUUCCAUUGUCGUAAAAACGUGCGCCAGGUACCUUUACUCCUUGUACCAUGGACCAGGCAUGGCGGUCGUAGAAAUCGAUAUGCCAACAGGUUUCGAGGCGGACCUUGAAAGCAAGAAUUCUGACAUCUCCUUAUCCAAAAAGUCUGAAAUCAGGGACCAGAAAACCGUCGUUCUCUACUACGAUGAGAUUGGUCCGUACGGAGACACCUGCUCCUAUGUUGAAAUGAUCAGAUCCGACCUCGUGGCCAACCUGAAGCCUGCUCCGGUCAGAGUCUUUGACUACUAUGAGCCAGAGCGAUUCAAGGCCUUGGCAUUCUACGAGUCGAGUGUCCUGCGGGAUUCCUCCUUCUGUGAUAUCUGCGCUGACUGUGGAUGCUAAUCAUGUUCGCGUUCGGCAAUGAUUUUGAAACCAGUGAAUAUGGGAAUACUUUAAAAGCAAAUAAAUGUCCAUUACACAAUAA